GAGUAUCUUCUCCCCUUCCCUCUCAGCCUCAUCUUCGAACCUCCUCCAAACCCUAGCCAUGGCGCUCGCCCUCCGCCUACGCCGAUCCUUCUCCCUCCUCAAACCCCGCCUCCUCAGUCCGAUCUCCACGUCUUCUCCUCAAUCCCGGCUCCCUGCUCCCUUCCCCGCUCUCUCUCGUCUCGAAAACCUUACCCCUCGAUCCCAAUCCUUCACCCGAGCCCUCUCCUUCCACUCCUCGGCGCAUCUCUCCGAUCGCCGAUCCGACUAUGGCGGCGGCGGCGGAGGAGGAGAGCAAGAGAGGAAGAUCUCCCCCGACGAGAUCCUCUUCGAGGGUUGUGACUACAACCACUGGCUCAUCACCAUGGAGUUCCCUCAGGAUCCCAAGCCCACUCCCGAGGAGAUGGUCGAGACCUACGUCCAAACCCUAGCCAAAGUUGUGGGCAGUGUGGAGGAAGCUAAGAAGAGAAUGUAUGCAUGUAGCACUACCACCUACAUAGGUUUUCAAGCUGUGAUGACAGAAGAAAUGUCCGAGAAAUUCCGGGGCUUGCCUGGUGUUGUCUUCAUUUUGCCUGAUUCGUACCUAUAUCCUGAAACAAAGGAGUAUGGAGGAGACAAGUAUGACAAUGGCGUUAUCACUCCCAGACCUCCCCCUGUUCAAUAUGGGAGACAAACAAGACCGAGGAAUCAAAACAGGUUUGAUCGCCCAAACUACAACAACAGGCCACCCCCAAAUAAUUAUGGUGAGAACUACAAUGUGCAGCAGAACUAUGGCCAGCCUGGCCAAGAUGGAAGGGUAUUCGGCCCACCUGGCGAGAGGGGCGACUUUGGGCAAGGGGAAAGGAGAGGUCCGAUGCCUAAUUAUCAGGGGACUUCUAACCAAGGAGCUCAAAAUAACUUUCCUCCCCAAGAACAGAGAAACUUCUCGCAAGGUCAGGGAAGAGAUUUUAGACCAGGUGGAUCUUACGGUCAGGGAGAUUAUAGGCAAGGCCCGCCCCAUGGCUACAAUGCUGAUUAUAGACAAGGUCCGGCCCCCGGACCUAAUUUCAAUAACCAAGGGGGAGGCAUGAGUUCCAAUUAUGGCAGAGGUAAUGUACAAGACGGAGGACCCGGAUAUGGAGGGGAUAAUCGGCAGGGCGGAGGAUUUACUUAUGGUGGGCAGAACGAUGCAGGUCCUGUGGAUGGACAGCCGGGGUCAUGGCAGGGGGGGCGAUAAGCUGCUGAUUGCGGUUGGAGUUGAUGUUCUCCGAGCUAGAGAAGAGCCAGCCAUCCGAAGACACUAUUUAGCUUUUGUUUUAGUGUAUAUUCGCGUCUCGAACAAUGCAUCAAGAACUUAGUUUAUUUUAAGUUUCUUGUCUCUACCAAACUGCUUGUUACUUGAAGCGCGUCUUUUGAUGCUUGCUUGGAGAAUGUUUGUGUUUACUUCGUUUUCUUUCGACAAGUAUAAUAUUAGAGUUCAAAUAAUUACUACUACAUACAAUUUUGCUA